AUGACCGAAAGCAAGAAGACUUUGUCCUUGAAAGGACCAAUUUUAGUGCCUAAAGCCGUAGCACAAGAGUACGGCAAAAGUAGGAGGUACUUUAGUAACGAACAAGAGGAGGAGCUCUAUAAAUCCCACUACAAAGAUGUCAAAGUGGACGUCCCAAAUCUUCAAGAAGUUUCUACACCCCAAAAAAGUUUAGAACAUAAAGAAAUAUAUGUUGCAUCAGUUAAAUCGGUUACAUAUGAUCAUUACCAUCCAGAAGUUUUUAGCGGCUUAAAUAUUCACCCUCCUGUUAAACCAACCAGAAAACCUGAAGAAGAUAAUAAUGAUAUUAUAGACUCUCCAGUUGACAAUUUAUCGAGCAUAAAAGAAAAACAGAUAAAACCUCAUAAAAUUAGGAAUAUAAGUAGAACUGCUUCCAUUCGAAACCAAGGAGACUCUAUAAUGAACGCUAUAGACGAAUCCGAACUUUUUCCGGAACUGGAUAUAAUACCUCAAGUCGAGGUAACUGAAAGUCAGCAACGAAUAGUAAACGACAACUUAAAAAUGAUGGACGAAUACAGGAAUUACUUGUCUUACGGUAGCACGGCGAGCCGAAUUUUACCAUCAAGAGGUCUAAUGCCCCAGGGAGCCCUUGAAAAGUCCAGCAGCGAAAGUUCCAUGACGUCCUUCAACUCUAGAGACAGUCAAACUGAGGUGCAAAGUGUUGAAAGAAAAAAAUGCCUUAUUUUGUGA